GCCUCCCGCGGCCCGGCGACGCGGCCGAGCCGGGGCCUCGCCUGGCUUCUUCUCCCGGCCAUGGCGCGCUCGAUGGCGGCGCGGCGGCUGCCGCUGGUGGUGGUCCUGGGCGCGACGGGCACCGGCAAGUCCCGGCUGGCGCUGCAGCUUGGGCUGCGCUUCGGCGGCGAGAUCGUCAGCGCCGACUCCAUGCAGGUAUAUCAGGGCCUGGACAUCAUCACCAACAAAGUUUCUGGCCAGGAGCAGAAGCUGUGCAAGCAUCACAUGAUCAGCUUUGUGGACCCCUUGGUCACCAAUUACACUGUGCUGGACUUCCAGAAGAAGGCCACUGCCAUAAUUGAUGAGAUUUUUGCUUCCCAGAAAGUCCCAAUUGUGGUUGGCGGAACAAAUUAUUACAUUGAAUCUUUGCUCUGGAAGGUUUUGUUUGACACCAAGGGGGAAUCUGGGGGUUCAGACCCAGCAGUGGCAGCUGCAGAGCGGAAAGCUGAGCUGGAGAAUCUAGAGAGUCAAGAGCUCCACCACCGGCUGAGUCUGGUGGACCCUAACAUGGCAGCCAAAUUGCACCCCCAUAAUAAGCGCAAAAUAAUCAGGAGUUUGCAGCUGUUUGAACAAACUGGGAUCCCCCAUAGUGAGCUGCUACAACAGCAGCAUGAGGAAAAAGGGGGAGGACCAUUGGGGGGUCCCCUGAAGUAUCCCAACCCUUGCAUCUUGUGGCUUUAUGCAGAACAGGCAGUUCUGGAGGCACGACUGGACCAGCGGGUGGACGUGAUGCUGGAGGCUGGGCUGCUGGAGGAGCUGCAGACGUUUCACCAGCAAUACAACCAGGAGAGGGUGGCUGAGAACAGCCAGGAUUAUCAGCAGGGUAUUUUCCAGUCCAUUGGCUUCAAGGAAUUCCACCAGUUCCUGAUUUCCAAGGACACGAGCCCAGAGGAAGUGAGACACCAGUUGUUGGACCAAGCCAUUCAGGCCUUCAGGACGGUGACCAAGAGGUAUGCCCGGAAGCAAAACAAGUGGGUCCAGAACCGAUUCCUGAGGCGUCCUGGAUCAAAUGUGCCCCCCAUCUAUGGUUUGGAAGUCUCUGAUCUCUCUCAGUGGGAUGAGAAUGUAUUGGAACCGGCUGUCCAGAUUGUGGAGAGCUUCUUGAAGGGGCAGAAGCCUCCAAGGGAACCCCUCACGCUGGAGCCAGUGCCGGGAAAGGACAAGCAGAGUUGCCAGUUUUGUGAGCUGUGUGGUAGAGUCAUCAUCGGGGACAGAGAAUGGAGAGCUCACCUGAAAUCCAAGUCCCACCUUUUCCGCCUAAAGAAGUUCCGGCACUUGGCUUCGGGUUCCCUCUCUGCAAACAGCAGCAGCAGCAGCACAGGGGCUCCUGCAGAGAGGACGGAGGGACCAGGGGGAGCCCAUGAAACACGGGCCCAGCCACACUGCUGAGACUUUGGGCAGGUCCUCUGGGGACAGAUGGGGUGGGACCGCAUCCUCUUCAUGCAGAAUGAACUGAGAUAAAGUGCUUUCGUGCCAUUUUCCAGGAACUCUAGUCUGAAAAAUGCAAGGCGCUCAUUCUCCAGGAAUUAACUGUCCCAUUUGCCAUACCAUGGCACUCAUCUAACUUUACAAUCCUUUUUUUCCUUAAAUGAAGGCAAUAUUUUUAUAUUUUGAUACUGUGGAUGCUAGUGCCUUUCUCUUAAUUACCAGGACCCCGCAAAUGCAGAGCGCUCUCUGCAAUUUCAAGGAGGGGAGCUUGGUAGACCUCCCAGGGCCUGACCUGCCACGCCUUCCAGGACUUCAUGCCAACAUGUGUCCUCAACACAGCAUAAUUUCUGCCUUGUGUGUGGGUGGCUUGAAUGCCCUGUGCGGAAGGAGAGGGAGUUGAGCUGCAGUUUUCCGAGCCUGCUUUCCAGGGGUUUCCCUCACUUUGGGCCAUCAGGAACGGGCAGCAGCUUAAGAAUGAGCCCCGCCCUUCCGCACAAGCCCCUCUGCCGAGUUCCUGCACAGCUUCAGGAUGGGCCGUCUCCUGGGCCAGGACCAGCCUCUGCCCUCGUUGCCAGAGGGUCGGGGUCUCUGCAGGCCAUCAGCCAUCGUCUAAUAAUAAGCCGUCUAAGUCGUCAGCCCUGUUUUUCCGUCUGCCUCUUUGAGAUUUUGGUCACAAAAAGGAUCCAGGGACUUCCAGUGAAACCCACCCUUUGACAAAGCAGAGGUGGGCGACAAAGUCCAAGAGCUGCAGGUGGCCCCUGUCCUCAAAGGGUUCGCUGGGUAUUAUUGUUGAAAACGGGGGGCCUGGUUUCCCACUGGUUUGUGAAACAGAACUGUAGCUUAAGCUCUAAUCCAACAGAUUAUCUAGACCCCUUUCAGUCAGGUUUCAGGCCGGGAUAUGGGACAGAGACUGCAUUGGUCGCACUUAUGGAUCUCUGGCGGGAGCAGGAUGGAGGCAGUGCAUCUAUCCUCGCUCUCCUUGACCUCUCAGCGGCCUUCGAUACCAUCGACCAUGGUAUUCUUCUGGGACGACUCAGGGAGUUGGGGGUGGGCAGCGUGGUUCUGCGCUGGUUCACCUCCUUCCUCCAGGGCCGGUCCCAGUCGGUGGUGAUAUGAGAGAUCCGACCCUUGACCCCUGCUUUGCAGGGUGCCACAGGGUUCGGUUCUUUCCCCUCUCCUAUUUAACAUCUACAUGAAACCACUGGGUGAGGUCAUCCGUCACCACAGGAUGAGGUACCAUCGGUAUGCUGAUGAUACUCAGAUAUAUAUCUCCAUCCCAGGUGAGGGAAGUGAUGCGGUAGCUGCCCUCUCCAGGUGCCUGGGGGCUGUGGGGGCCUGGAUGGGGAGCAACAGGCUUCAGCUGAACCCUGGUAAGAUGGAGUGGCUGUGGAUUGAUGGCUCCUCGGUAUCUGGAAAGUUGUCAUCUUUAGUUCUGGAUGGAGUUGCACUGCCCCAUUCAGAACCUGUGCGUAACUUGGGGGUCCUCCUGGACUCACGACUCCUGCUCGAAGAGCAGGUGGCAGUCGUGGCUAGGAGGGCCUUUGUACAACUUCAGGUUGUGCGCCAGUUACGCCCUUCCCUGGAUCAAGAUGCCCUCCGGACAGUCACUCAUGCCCUGGUCAUAGACUACUGCAAUGCGGUCUACGUGGGGCUACCCUUGAAGAGUAUCCGGAAGCUUCAGUUGGUCCAAAAUGCAGCUGCACGGUGAUGAGUGCUCCAAGAUCAGCACACGUAACACCUCUACUGCAUGAGCUGCAUUGGGUUCCAGUUUGCUUCCGGGUCCAAUUCAAGGUGUUGGUUAUCACCUUUAAAGCCCUACAUGGCAUGGGGCCGGGCUACCUGAGGGACCGCCUCAUCCCCCUAACAUGGACCCGCCCCACCCAAUCAUGCAGAGAGGGCAUGUUGCAGACCCCGUCCGUAAGAGAAUUCCACCUGGCCGGGUCCAGGAGGCGGGCCUUCUCUGCAGUGGCCCCUGCCCUCUGGAACAUUCUAUCCCCCGAGGUGAGGCAGGCCCCUUCGCUCCCGACCUUCCGGAGGGGCUUAAAGACCUGGUUUUGCCGCCUCGCCUGGGAUGGGAAGGGCAAUAGCUCUUCCUGGGGGUGGCUGGUGAGGUAGAGUUCUCCCAAUGGAAUGGAAAUCUCCCACUUGGAUUUUAUAUUUAUGUUUUUAUUAUUUUAGUAUUGGUGAUUUUAUGAUGUCAGGUUUUAAGGUGAAUUUUAUUGUAAACCGCCCAGAGUCCCCCUUUUAGGGGGAGAUGGGCGGUGAUAGAAAUGUGAAUAAUAAAUAAAUAAACCUGAACUCAG